UUUCGUUUAUUUUUGGUAUUCUUCCCGGGGAAUAUAUAUUUUUUAUUAUCUUAUGAUUAUUGAUUUAUUUUUUUCAUUUAUAUGUGAGCUUUUUUUCCUCUAUGAAAAAAAUUAUAUAGAAAAUUUAUAAUUUUUAAGUCAGUUUUAAUCUCUCAAUUUUAUAUUAACUUUAUUUAUCUAAAACAAAUAUAAAAUGGUCCGCACACAAAAAGGUUUUAGUUGGGAGAGAAACUAGCAGCAAAUUUAAUUGAGUAAAGGCAACAAACAAAGAAAUAUUCAUAUUUUUGGGGGCGUUGGGCUUAAAUUCUCAUUCGCUGUUAUCUCAAGAAUUCCAUGGGAGGGUCCCCAAGAAUUGAUUCAUAGCUUAGUUCACCAGAGCAGUUCAUAAAACCAUCAUAGUACCUACAAGGUCUCUUGUCUUCCCAACUUGCAUCUGCCUUGCAGUUGCAUUAGGAGAUAGACAUGGCCUCAUUAGACUCCCCAAACUCACCACCAAAUCAAUCUUUUGCAAUAAGAGAAACUACCCACAAGUUCUUGCGUAAUCUCUCUUCUAGAGAACCACCUUCUUUCUCUCAUUUCCCCUUUUCUCCUCCCCAUUCCGCCACCCCAAAUCGCACUUCCUCUCCAUGCUCCUCCCCUCCUCCUCCUCCUUACACACCACCUAACCUUGUCUCGAACUCUAAAACCACUUAUACUUGCAUUUCUUCCAUCCUCAAGAAGGACGGCCAGAUUCUUUCCAUGGUCAUGUCAAAUGGUCUCAUUUACACUGGCUCUAAUACCAAUCUCAUACGAAUAUGGAAAUUGCCGGAGUUCAUGGAAUGUGGGCAACUCAAGACCAAGGCAUCUAUGGUUGUGGCAUUGGAGGUCUCACAUGAUAGAGUUUAUGCUGCAUAUGGUGAUGGAAAGAUUAGAGUUUGGCGAAGAACAUGGGAUGGAGCUUUCAAACAUGUUCGAUUGGCUACCAUUCCUAAGAUCGGAGGUUAUGUCCGGAGCUACAUUGCCGGAAAGGAUAAGAUGAUGAAGCACUUGGGACCAAUAACAUCGUUAGCAAUCAAUAUUUCUGAUGACACCUUAUAUUCAGCUUCCCUUGAUAAAACAGUAAAAGUAUGGAGAUUAUCAGACUUCAAAUGCAUUGAAACUGUCCAAGCUCAUCCAGAGCCAAUCAAUGCCAUUGUUGUGGCUGAUGAUGGAAUACUCUACACUGCUUCUGAUGAUGCCACCGUUAGAGUUUGGCGUCGCAACUUCUGUGUUGGCGACUGGCCACAUUCUCUUAUCACAACCCUGCCAGCCAAAUUCUCACCUGUAAAGACCUUGACCUUGACCUUAGAUAACAGAAUUCUGUACGGUGGAUGCACUGAUGGGUACAUUCAUUACUGGCUUAGAGGUGGGUUCUCAGGCCAAUUACAAUAUGGUGGUGCACUCCAGGGUCACACACAUGCAGUUAUGGGCAUAAGCAAUGUGGGAAGCUAUGUGAUCAGUGGCUCAGCCGAUUCAACUAGCAGGGUUUGGCUGAGAGAACCAGAUGGGCAACACACAUUCCUAGCAGUUUUAGUGGGGCACAGAGGGCCUAUUAGGUGUAUCUCAGCAUUUUCAGGGCGAUUAGGGGAGGAAAAUGAAGAAGAAUGCACAAUUUGCACGGGUAGUCUUGAUGGAGUCAUAAAACUAUGGCGGGUGACUAGUGCCAACAAGGACAGUGGCCCUUUAUCACCCAGUGGUUAUAGCUAUUUUGAGCUGCAACAGUGAACUGUGUGCUUUACUUUUGAUCUGUGUUUCAAAUGUACACAUAGUCAUUUGAGAACUGUAUGCAAGAAAGAUCAAGCUCUUAUGUAUUAAUUGAUUAUUAUGAUGUAUGGCAACAUGAUCAUCUCAUCAAGAAAAUUGAACAUUAAAAGAAAAGAAAGAAUCUUUAUGAGAGAGAGCAAGCAUAUAUCUCAAACCAAGUAACAAGAAAUUUCAUUAACAGCAAUUAGAAAGAAUUGACAGCAAGCAGACAAUGAGACUAGCUAAUAAUCUCCAGCCAAGAUCACACAUAUCUUGUCCUCUCCUGCUGCAUUUCCAUGCCAUGAUCUUGCAAAUCAUCCUUCUUCAACAACCGAUAAAUUGUAUAACAAAAAAUUCUCAAGCAAAAGAGAAUGGCAAUGAUCACAAGUGCUGAUAGAACAUAGUCUGUGAUGGAACGGGAGUGUUUGCACCCAAAAAGAACUCCUAAGCACACCAUGCUUACGAGCUCUCUUAGAUCUGCAGAUGAUGAACUCCACUUAUGGUUUCCAGUUUGUAUUCUUGCCUGAAUUGAAAUAGUUUGCUUACUUGUCCUUGAAGUUUGGUAUCGUUAUCACUAAUGUUGCAGAAAAGAGGAGAAGAAACAAGAAUCUGCAGAGAAUCACCUACA